AUGACCGCUCAGGCCGACCCAGACUUCCCCUGCUCGCUGCAGAUCGACGUGCCCUUCCCGACCGCCCGGCUGUCCGCGAUCGCAAUCAAGGCCAUAACCGUCGACAAGGAGCUGUCACCCCUGGUGCGCCGAGAGUUCUCUACCGUCAACGCGUCUGGCGGUGGUGCUGAUGGCAAUGAUGAUGAUGUCACGGGACAAAACGUCAUGAGGGUGAACUACAAGGCCACCACAAACCGGAUGCUGCGGGUCUCUGUCAACUCUUUCAUGGACAGCCUGUCGCUCAUCCUGGAGGUCAUGGAGAGGCUCGAUGCCGAUGUGCUCGAGUCCAGACCGAUCGAACCGCAAGCUGGGCCGUUCCGGUGA